AUCCAUGAAAGCUGCUGAUUUAAUAGUCCUUGAGAUCCUUAAUUUGGAUUUAAAACCACCCCACCCUCAUAUAUGGGGGAGAGGUUCAAGAAGGUCACGUGAGAACUUCCAUUAAGAAGUUAAUUUCCUUGAAUUUGGUUCCCUGCUAGCUGUUCCAUUAACGGAGCUUAGCUUAGCUUUCUUCUCUAUCAAUCUUCGUGCCUUUCGUGGAAAAUAACACUUUCCAUUACUCGCCCUGAAAAGGGCGGCUAAAGCUUGGGAAGAAGACCCCUUCUCAGGAAACAUCAACGUCUUUGAAUUAAGUGAACUUUACAGGGAACCAGUUCUCCUUUGAGCUCAUAAUUUAGUACUGCCUCAAAAGUUUGAGCUGUUACGCCGUUGCGUUAAUACCCCAAAAAGACCAAUUUACAAAGUUGAAAGUUGGGUUCGAUCAGAGUCCUGUUCACUGAACCCCAUCAAGAUUGAAUAUUUAAGGAGAGGAAAUGGAUGAGAAGAACGAUGUCGAGAAGGUUGAUGAUGUUAUAUUGCCAGGUUUUCGUUUUCAUCCCACAGACGAGGAGCUUGUUGGGUUCUACCUCAAGAGAAAGAUUCAGCAGCGAACUCUUCCUAUUGAGCUAAUUAAGCCAGUGGAUAUUUACAAAUACGAUCCGUGGGAUCUACCAAAGGUGGCUGCUACCGGGGAGAAAGAGUGGUAUUUCUACUGUCCAAGGGACCGUAAAUACAGGAACAGUGCACGGCCAAACCGAGUUACUGGAGCUGGGUUCUGGAAGGCAACUGGAACUGACCGGCCUAUUUACUCCUCUGAUGGCAGCAAAUGCAUCGGUUUGAAGAAGUCACUUGUCUUCUACAGGGGCAGAGCUGCCAAAGGAAUCAAAACUGAUUGGAUGAUGCAUGAAUUUCGGUUACAUUCUCUCUCGGAUUUGGCGCCCCCGAAGAAGUUCCUAGAUAAAAACAUCCCUCCAAAUGAUUCAUGGGCAAUUUGCAGGAUAUUCAAGAAAAAAAACUCCAUGGCUCAAAGAGCUCUUUCCCACUCUUGGGUCUCUUCACUGCCAGAAACUUUGGCAACUGAGAAGCUCACAGAGGGCACACACUGCAGUCUGUUCAGUCCAGAGAACAUCUCUUGCACGACUGAAAUUGGGUCAGCCAUGCAGUUUUGCCAUAACAAUCAUGAACUGCAACAAUCCUCUUCUGCCUGUUUCUCUGCUUUUGACAUUCCUUCUUAUAAACCCAUUACUAAUAUAGUCUCCAAGCCUUUGCCUUUCCCUCUUUCUAACGGAGAACUUCCCGAUGGCUUCACGUUGAUCUCCUCACUCGAUGUGUCAGGACCCACCAAGUGUACCGUCGAUACUCCUUCCAUCCUUUUGAACUCUGCUUUAGGCGAAUUGACCAGUGCCUCUGAGAGCAUAGACUUUGAAGCGUCCCAACAGCAGUUAAGUGGCUUCUCAGUCAGUUUGCCACAGGAUGUGCAAGAAAACUUGGGCACAGGAGAAGAUGAGGCAGGCUUCAGCAGGAACCUAGAUGCAACCCUCCUAAAUAACCAGUGGGGAACCAUUCGAUCAAUCGGAUUUCCCUUCAGUUUGCCUUCAAAUGAUGCUUGGAAGCCCAAUCUGUCAUGGGAUUCACCUCCUUGUCCUAGUGAGAUGUCCACCAGCUACUCUGCAAAUAAAUGCUAUACUUGAAACAAAAAUGAAACUUUGCAACAAAAAAAAUAGAUUAUACUGUUUGCUAUGUCACUGUAAAGUGGGACUCUAUUCGACUUAUACUUGUUAAGUUAUA